AUGUCAUGCCCACAGGCAUGGACUGCCAUUAAGAAAAAAAAUCUCAUGGCUGACAACUAUUGCUCAGAAGUAUUCAAAUCGCAUAUCGUGGUGAAGACAUAUGAUGUAGUCGUGGAUCCUCUACCUGAUGAGAGUGAAUGGAAGAUUCCUACAUACAUCUCAGAGGAUGUAGUUUUGCAACCAAGAUACAAGAGACCUCUAGGUAGGCCGAAGAAGAAGCGUGAUAAGCCAUUAGUUGAAUUGCUUCUUGGUAAACAUAGACAUGCUUGUAAUACCUGGGGACAUCUUGGACACAAUAGUCGUUCUUGUAAUAAUGAGCCUCGAAAGAAGUAA